GAGGGCGUCGCACCCAUGGCGGCGCCGCUGCCGCUCGUCGACGGGGUCGGGCCCCAGGUGGACGCACCGGCACCGCUGCCGCUCGUCGACGGGGUCGGGCCCCAGGUGGACGGUCUCCCCAAUACGCUGAACCUCCUCCUCAGGACGGCGACGUCUUCUCCCAAUCACCCGGACCAAGAGCAGCGGAAUCUGCUUCGGGCCUCACUCCUCCCGGUGAUCGUGUGCAAGAUCAAGGUCCGCGACGCAGGGCCGUUCAUGCAGUUGGUGCGUCUGCCACUCGCCGCAGCCAACCCACAUGGCAACCGCACCAUCCCCAACCGCCUGGCGAUCGAGAGGGUCGCUGCUGCUGCCAACGUCCUCUUCCUCCUCAUCGAUCCGCUACUGCCUUGCCUCCGCCGCCACCCCACCGACCCCACCCACCUCCGUGGGGUGAAGGCCUGCGCGGAGAGACUCCAGCAUCUCGCCGCUGAGGCCGGUGGCUCCUUCAAGACAUCCUGCAGUCAGUUCGCGCAGCGCAUCAUCCUGUACGUCACCCAAGCCCACGCCCACCCGAUGUUCUCACCGUACGCUCCUCUCCGCUCGUCUAUCGAUGACAUCAUUCGCCGUGCCACGGUUCUCCUCGACCUCACGGUCACCGUGAAGCAUCCGGAGCCGGGUGAGUUGGCUGCUGCUGCGGUGGAGGUGGCUGCAUAUGCAGCGCAGUACGGCGGCGCGGUGGCGGGACUGGGGGCCGAGGCCGAGGCUGAUCCUGAGGAAGCCGAAGGCAACUAAGGCAAGGCGUGAAGAUUCACCGAAGUGGUGCAAAUCGUAGUUGAUAGUUUCUACUAGAGUCCCACCAAUCUUACUUUCUUCUAGUCGGAGCAGUUCUAUGGAUAGGGUGACGGUGAACGUAAAUGUGAUUCUCUGGUAGUACUAUGGUAGUAGUAGAGUCAAGAGUUCCAUCCCAUGGAAAUAUCUGUUUAGGGUGAUGGUGAAAGUAGAUGUGACUCUCUGGUAGUACUAUGGUAGUAGUAGAGUCAAGAGUUCCAUCCCAUGGAAAUAUCUGUUUCUGUAAUUCUGUUAGUCUCUCAAAUCAAAGAUGGUGCUACAGUGCUGCUAUAAUAAGCAAUUCUGCUAUACUUGCCCUAUGAAUGUUCAGCUAUGUAUAAAUGCUCAUUUCUCUUGUGCUUAAA